UGCUUCCGGACUGGGAAAGAGAGGGGGAAAGGCUGCAGAGAAGCUGAAGCGGAGAACAGCAGCGCAGCUGGAGCCUGGGGAAGUUUACUUACAAAUGUGGGAACCAUCUGUGAAGAUGGAAGCUGCAGUCCCUGAGGCGGGAGGAGCUUCCUUGGAGCAAGGGCAGAGGGCACAGGUGGUGGAGCGUGCCCAAGAUGUCCUGUCCUGUGGAAAAGGCAGCGAAGAGAUGCUGUUGAGCCAUCGUCUGUUCAGAGGUGUGGAAACGGCUGCUCCCCCUCCAGUCCAGGGUCCCUUUUCCUUUGAGGAGGUGUCUGUCUCUUUCACUGACGCAGAAUGGGCCCUGCUGGAUCCAGGACAAAGAGCUCUGUACAGGGAAGUCAUGCUGGAGAACUAUGAGAAUGUGGCCUUUCUGGAAGCCAGAAGUCUAAGAGAAACUAUGGUGGAGAAAGAGAACGGCCUUGCAUUCGAAGAAAGGUUCCAGAGUUCUUCUAGAGGAUCCCAAGAGCAUAUUUCCUUCCCAAACGUGCUGGUUCAGACAGAGGAUGAUCAGAGGAAUGUGGAGGGUGAGAAACUUCUUCAGGAAAUGCCAGAUAGAGUUGAAAAUGUACACUUGAAAGAAUAUGUCAGCAAUCAUAUCAGAGUGAAGAAAAAGAGAGGUGGCUGUAUGGUUGAGAAGUGUGAUGGAAGACAGUGGAAUAUACACUCUCCGAAGCAUGGAAAAAUGAAAGCAACAGGGGAGAAACCUUUUGAGUGCUCAGAGUGUGGAAAGAGAUUCAGUCGGAGUGGCAAUCUUCAAAUGCAUCAGAGAACCCACACAGGGGAGAAGCCUUUUGAGUGCUCAGAGUGCGGAAAGCGAUUCAGUCGGAGUGGCCAUCUUCAAACGCAUCACAGAACCCAUACAGGGGAGAAGCCUUUUGAGUGCUCAGAGUGUGGAAAGAGAUUCAGUCGGAGUGGCCAUCUUCAAACGCAUCAGAGAACCCACACAGGGGAGAAGCCUUUUGAGUGCUCAGAGUGUGGAAAGAGAUUUAGUACGAGCAGCGAUCUUCAAAAGCAUCAGAGAACCCACACAGGGGAGAAGCCUUUUGAAUGCUUAGAGUGUGGAAAGAGAUUUCGUACGAGCGGCAAUCUUCAAAACCAUCAGAGAACCCACACAGGGGAGAAGCCUUUUGAAUGUUCAGAGUGUGGAAAGAGAUUCAGUUGUAGUGGCCAUCUACAAAUGCAUCAGAGGACCCACACAGGGGAGAAGCCUUUUGAAUGCUUGGAGUGUGGAAUGAGAUUAAGUACCAGUGGCGUUCUUCAAAAGCAUCAGAGAACUCACACAGGGGAGAAGUCUUAUGAAUGCUUCGAGUGUGGAAAGAGAUUCAGUACGAGUGGCCAUCUUCAAACACAUCAGAGAACCCACACAGGGGAGAAGCCUUUUGAAUGCUCAGAGUGUGGAAAGAGAUUCAGUUGGAGUGGCAGUCUUCAAAGACAUCAGAGAACCCACACAGGGGAGAAGCCUUUUGAAUGCUUGGAGUGUGGAAAGAGAUUCAGUUGGCGUGGCAGACUUCAAAAGCAUCAGAGUAUCCACACAGGGGAGAAGCUUUUUGAAUGCUCAGAGUGUGGAAAGAGAUUCAUGUGGCGUGGCAGUCUUCAAAAGCAUCAGAGAACCCAUACAGGAGAGAAGCCUUUUGAAUGCUCAGAAUGUGGAAAGAGAUUCAGUCAGAUUGACAGUCUUCAAACGCAUCAGAGAACCCACACAGGGGAUAAGCCUUUUGAAUGCUGGGAAUGUGGAAAGAGAUUUAGUAUGAGCAGAGAUCUUCAAAUGCAUCAGAGAACCCACACAGGGGAGAAGCCUUUUGAAUGCUCAGAGUGUGGUAAGAGAUUCAGUCGGAGUGGCAAUCUUCAAACGCAUCAGAGAACCCAUACAGGGGAGAAGCCUUUUGAAUGCUGGGAAUGUGGAAAGAGAUUUAGUAUGAGCAAUGAUCUUCGAAAGCAUCAGAGAACCCACACAGGGGAGAAGCCUUUUGAAUGCGCAGAGUGUGGAAAGAGAUUCAGUUGGAGUGGGAGUCUUCAAAGGCACCAGAGAACCCACACAGGGGAGAAACGUUUUGAAUGA